CUCUCACCGAAUCCCGCAUUGAGCAUAAAAGUAUCGUAAUCAUCAUACAAGGCUUGAUCUCCACUAUACUAACAAUAGCAACGAGAUGAUGUCUAAUCGCAGCUUAACAGUACUUCGUGUAGGUGGACAAACAGCAAAAUGUUCAAGCACGAAUCUGUUCUUGCAAUCAAGAAAUCUACAUGCAACACGAAUCUUGAAAGAAUCCGAAGAUGAUUUAAUGAAACGAAUCAAAGAUGAUUUAAAGAAUGCUAUGAGAUCAAAAGAUAGUUUCGCAUCAACCGUAUUUAGAUCGCUUUUAUCAGAACAACAAUAUGCACAAAAAUCACAACAAACAAAUGGCGGAAAGAUUGCAUCAAGCAUGAUUUCAAUCAUUCAAAAAGCAUUAGCAAAAAGACAAGAAUCGGCAAAACAAUUUCGUGCUGCUAAUCCGUCAAGAGAAGAUUUAGCCGAGAAAGAAGAUAAAGAAGCUGAUCUUAUAAGAAAAUUUUUACCUGAACAAAUUUCAAAAGAAGAAUUGGAAAAUGUUGUCAAAAGUGCAAUCGAAGAAGCUAAAAAAGCAGGAAUUGAUGGAAAAAAAUUGAUGGGAGAAGUGAUGAAACGUGUUGGCGGUCAAGUUGAUAAAGCUCGUGCACCCGGUGGUUUGAUUAGUGAAGCUGUAAAGAAAUUUUUGCAAUGAUUGAAUUGGGAUAAUGUUGAUGUACAAGUAGAAGAAGAAAAAAUACAAAACAAAAUGUUUAUACUAUUCCAAUCUCUUUUACGCCAGAUCAGGUUCUUCUUGCAUUCCUUUGCGAACGUUGCGUAAAAGACUUGCUUGCCAUCCCACGAUUCGCUUCGUUCGAUCAAAAUUGGCUACCAAUUCAUCAAAGCCAGGG